AUGCCUUUGGAUGAUGGCACCGGUAAUGAUGGCGUCGCCUUGGCUAACAGCGCUCUGGGUGAUGAGAUCGAGGCUUUGACCUCCAUCUACGACGGCGACACCAUCAACCUACAAUCUCCGUUGGCCGUAGAUACGAACACCACUGCGGUCCUCCGCCUCCCAGACUCAGGCAUCUCCUUCCUCAUCUCCUUUCCUCCCGAAUACCCCGAUGUGCCACCUCAGAUCCUGGGCACGCAGGCUACAGGCGACCACUCAAGAAAAGGUCAAGGAGAGGUGGCAGUAAGCAUCCUCCGGGACGUGCUCGGCCGAGUAUACAACGAGGGGCAAGUCUGCCUGUUUGACCUCGUGGAGGAGGCGGGCCCUCUCCUGUCCGACGACCAACAUCAUGAGACCGACGACCAGCACCAUGGCACGGCUGAAACUGCCGUUUACAAGGGAUAUACUCAAGACUACAGGUCCGCCUCACCUUCGCUCGCCUCGCAUGGCCGCGCCGGUGAACCUAAACCUACCGUGACCAGCGUGACCUCGCAGCAGCAAUAUUCCUCUGACACUGCAUCCCUAGGGGUAGCAGCACCACCACCACAAUGGACCUUAUCCGACGCCCUAACCGCCAGUAAGUCCACGUUCAUUGCCCGCGCGUGCCCUGUACAUUCCCUCGACGACGCACAACACGCCCUCGCCCAUCUCGUGGCGAGUAACAAGAAAGUCGCACAAGCGACGCAUAACAUCUCGGCGUGGCGGAUUAGGAGUAGUCGGGAGGCGUCUGUGGUAUCCACGGCCACGUCCACCGAGAUCGUCAUCCAGGACUCCGACGACGACGGCGAGACCGCGGCGGGUAGCCGUCUGCUUCAUCUGAUGCAGUUGAUGGAUGCGUGGAACGUGUUGGUCGUGGUGAGUCGGUGGUAUGGGGGCGUCAAGCUGGGGCCUGAUCGGUUUAGGCUGAUUAAUCAGGUCGGGCGGGACGCGUUGGUCAAGGGUGGCUUCGUCAAAGACCAGAAUGAACAGGGAGGAGGCAGCACCAAAGCGCGAGGAGGGAAGGGCAGGUGGAAGAAAUGA